GACCCCUACUCCUUCCUGCUCUACUCUCUACCAUCUCUCUCUUGAUUUUGGUAUUUUAAAAAAAAAAAAAAAAAAAUCCAAUGAUAGAAUUUUUUUUCUUCUGGAAAUCUUCUCAUUUGGAUAUGUACCUUAUGUAAUAUUCUUUUUUACAUGUAUGAAUUAAUUAUAUUUAUAUGGGGUCUUGGUUUGUUUUGCCAACGCCAUGGAAAUUAUUACAGUAAACAAUUUUCAGAGAUUAUCAAAAACCAAGUGAAAUAUAUAUAUAUAUAUAUAUUCACUUUUUAUUUACAAAGAAAUGAAUAUGUUUUCCAGUUUUAAAAGCAACUUUACCGUUAUUCAUUGGUUAUUUUUGGCUAGAUGUUAAUUUGAGCUGGGUUUUGUGGAUAAAUAGUGUAUACCUAUUUCGCAGAAAAAUAAAUUUUUUGAGGUCUCCCAGUAGGUCCCCAAGUGUUUAAUUUUUCAGGGUCAGAAGGAACAUUUUUUUUUUUUUUUUUGGUUGUGUGUUUGAUUAAGAUAUUGGUUCUUUUUAACUUGGAUUUUGUGUGUUUAAGAGCUCCAAACAAAGAUAAAACGCAUUGAGUGCUAUUGAUCCCACCAUUGAUGGACUUGGUCUUUUUUUCCUGAGAUGAAAUUUUAGCUACCGAGAUUGAGAAUAAGAUAAAAUUUUAUUUUAUCUUAUUUUUAUAUAUAUAUUUUUUUCCCUUCCCUUUUGUAUUUUCAUUUUCAUUUCUGCUUUCAUGAAAGUGAGUGUACAGAUUCUGUACCCUUUUGUGGCCCUUUCCCUUCUACACCAGGUUUUGUACUUUCGAAAGUGAUGAACAUUAGCUGCUUCUCUUUUCUGUCUAUACCACUUUUAUUAGCUCCAAAUUACUAUUAAGUUUCUCUUUCAGCUGCAAGACCAUGUUGGUUUUGGGUUAUGUUAUUUUGCUGGUUAGGGAACCAGAAGCUGUUUUGAGUCGAGCCCAUCUGGGUUGUUGUUAUUAAGAGUCAAGAUUUUGAGCUAAAAAAGAUAACUUUUUUUUUUUUUUUGGCUAGAAGUUGGAUUUGGGUGUUGGAAAAAUGAAGAGUCAGGAUUUGAAAGCAAAACUUUUUAUGCAUCUGAUCUGAGUUAUUGGUGGGGGUGAUUUUUAUUUACUUUCUCAACUUUGAAGUUGUAUGCUAUGAAUAUGGCUACUGGGCUCGAAAACCAGGAUGGGCAGCCAGAGAACCUGAAGAAACAGCUUGCUCUUGCUGUGAGAAGAAUACAGUGGAGCUACUCUAUCUUUUGGUCCAUUUCAGCUAGUCAACCAGGGGUCUUGGAGUGGAGUGAUGGUUACUAUAAUGGAGAUAUUAAAACAAGGAAAACAGUACAAGCUGUAGAGCUUAAUGCUGAUCAAAUGGGUUUGCAGAGAAGUGAGCAAUUGAGGGAACUUUAUGAGUCUCUCUCAGCUGGAGAAGCUAGCCCUCAAUCUAGAAGGCCUUCAGCAGCAUUAUCCCCAGAAGAUCUUUCUGAUGCAGAGUGGUAUUACCUGGUUUGCAUGUCAUUUGUCUUCAACAUUGGUCAAGGAUUGCCAGGGAGAACAUUGGCAAAUGAUAAACCCAUCUGGCUAUGCAAUGCUCAUUUUGCGGACAGCAAAGUAUUUAGUCGAUCUCUGCUGGCGAAGAGUGCAUCAAUUCAGACUGUGGUAUGCUUUCCCUUUCUGGGAGGUGUGGUGGAGCUGGGCGUUACUGAGCUGGUUAUGGAGGAUCCCGAUAUCAUCCAGCAGAUUAAGACAUCAAUUUUGGAGAUUCCAUAUCCAAUAGUUUCCAGAAACGCAAACCUUUGUGCUGCAAAUGCACGGAAUGAUCUUGAUCAUGAUCCUGUUGAAACUAAAUCAGUUCCAGUUUUAGGUAGUGAUGAAUUAGAUAUGGCUUCUCCCAAUGAUAAUUCAGAUGGGUUUGAACCGAUUCAACUAGCUGAUGAUUCAUUAAUAAUAGAAGGAAUAAACGGGGGAGCUUCUCAAGUGCAAAGCUGGCAGUUUAUGGAUGAUGAUGAGUUUAGCAAUUGUAUCCCUCAUUCCAUGGACUCUAGUGACUGUAUAUCUCAAACCUUGUUGAAUCCGGAAAAACCUGCCUCUGGUCCUAAGAGUGAAAUGGUAGGUGACCAUCAAUUGCAAGACCUUCAAGACUGUAAUCACACAAGACUGAGUGCAUUGGAUCUACAUAGCAAUGACGUACACUAUCAGGGUGUUCUUUCAGCCCUUUUAAAGAGUUCACACCAGUUACUUUUAGGUCCACUCUUUCAGAAUUCCCAUCAGGAAUCCAGCUUCAUCAGCUGGAAGAAAGGAGGAUUUGUGAAGUGUCCGAAACCAAGAGGUGAAAUUUCACAAAAUUUAGUUAAAAAGGUUUUAUUUGAAGUUCCUCGCAUGCAUGCUGCUUGCAGGCUUGAGUCUCCUGAAGAUAAUGGCAAUAGAGAUGGAGUUUGGAGACCGGAGGCUGAUGAAAUCGGUAUGAACCAUGCAUUAUCUGAGAGGAGGCGAAGAGAAAAGCUAAACAAGAGAUUUUCUAUUCUCAAAUCUCUGGUGCCAUCUAUUAGCAAGGAUGACAAAAUUUCUAUACUUGAUGAUGCAAUAGAGUAUUUGAAAGUGCUCGAGAGAAAAGUUGAAGAGUUGGAAUAUUUCAGGGAGUCAACUGAGAUAGAACCGAAAACGAAGAGACAACCCCAAGAUACCACGGAAAGAACAUCCGAUAACUAUGGAAACAACAAAACUAGCAGUGGGAAGAAGCCAUUGAUAAACAAGAGGAAGGCUUCUGACAUUGAUGAAUCAGAACAAGGGAUCAAUUAUGGUGUACAAGAGGAUGGUUUGGCAGAUAAUGUAACAGUCAGUAUGAAGAAUAAUAGUGUUACAAUUGAGAUUAUGUGUUCUUGGAGGGAGGGAGUGUUACUAGAAAUCAUGGAUGCCUUGAGCAAUCUCCAUUUAGAUUCUCACUCAGUUCAAUCAUCCAUCAUAGACGGGAUUCUUUCCCUGACAAUUAAAUCCAAGUUCAAGGGUUCAACACUUGCAUCGGCAAGGAAAAUCAAGCAAGCACUUCAGAGAUUUGUUGGGAGCUGUUGAAAGCCUAUUUUCUCACUGAUACCAAGAACAUUGUUUGAUUUUUAAGAAUCCGCCGCUUUAGUCGUUGUACAAUUUGUAUAUCGCGGAUUGUUGCUGUAAGAAACACAGUUUCUUGAGGAUUUUAACUGCAGGUAGUGUAUAAUAAAAAAGGAAUAAACUUGCUUUAAA